GGAAAGCGUUACACGCCGAACAAGGAGGAUCAGAGGAGGAUGCAGCGAGUUGCGCUCAUCCAGUAUUUGAUGAAGUUGAGGGUUCAAGGUAUCUGGCCGUAUACCUAACCCCACCCAAUUAAUCCGAGUCCGGGCUCCCGCCCCUUCCAGACCCCCGACCGGGACUCGUCUUUCGGGGGUCCCCGAUGUGGGCUGUGCCCGCCAGAGGGCUCCUCUUCCUGUCUAGAAGGGGAAGCUGCUCCUUUCUCGGCCGUGGCCGCCGCUCGGCAACCUCACUACAGAGGCGGAGUUUCCCGACUCAGUCACCGCUGCACAUCCGGAUUAAUCUUAAGUGGUUGCUGCUGUGUCCGACGCCGAUCCUCCCCCCCCGCAAUAGAGGGACUCCCCCCCCUCGCCCCACCUGCAAACUUGCUGGAGCCGCACCGCAGGCUGAUUGCAGGUGCUGGUAAGCCUCUGAGAAGACUAUUUGUAUCAUGGAGCCAUGGGUGUAUCUAGACCAGCGUCAGAAGGCUCUGUAUCGAGAUGUUAUGCAAGAAAGCUAUGAGACCCUAAUGUCUCUUGCAGCUAAUCAAUUGCUAAACAACAGUAACCAUGACGAUGAGGAGGAAGAGGAGGACGAAGAAGAACCUGAAGGCGUGGAGGAACUGCGGCCAGGUACCUCUCAAAGUGCGCCCAGAAAGGUCAAGCCCUUGGCGAGACGGGAAACUCCGAAGCAGCCAAAGAUCAUUCCAGUGGUGAAGAAGGACAAAGCAACCCAGCGUGGACACGCCUUGAAAAAAAGCCUCGAGAGACGCUGCUCAGAUUGCACGAGGACCCUUCAUUCUGCCGGCAGAGGCCGCCAGCGGAGCGAAGUCAACGCCGCUCGGGAGAAGCCCUUCCAGUGUACCGACUGUGGGAAGUGCUUUAUAUGGAGCUCCCACCUAGAGCGCCAUCGGAGGAUGCACACGGGAGAGAAGCCCUUCAAAUGCCUCAACUGUGGGGAAGCCUACAGCCAGAACUUCCACCUCUUGCAGCACAGCUGCGCCCAGCUGAUCGAAAAGCCCUUCAAGUGUCCCGAGUGCGGGAAACGCUUUGCCCAGAGCUCAGCCCUGGAGAACCAUCAGAAGGGCCACACCGCAGAGAAGCCCCAUAAGUGCUUGGACUGUGGGAAAUGCUUCAUCUGGGCUUCCCAUCUGGAGAGGCACCGGCGGGUCCAUACCGGGGAGAGGCCUUUCAAGUGCCCUGAAUGUGGGGAGUCGUACAGCCAGAGUGCCCAUUUGGCCAAGCACCGGCGUAACCACAUGGGCGAGCGCCCUUACAACUGCCCUGCCUGCUGGAGAAGCUUUGCUCAGAUCUCUGAGCUGGAGGAACACAAGAAGACCCAUCUGGGCUGUGAGGACUGUGGCAAGGUCUACCGCAGUCGUCAGACGCUGAUGAGGCACCAGCGGGGACACCACCGUGAGCGCACCCAUCUCUGCGAAGAAUGCGGGAAAGGGUUUGUGUGGGCCUCCCAUCUUGAGCGCCACCGUCGGGUGCACACUGGGGAGCGCCCGUUCCCCUGCCCUAUCUGUGGGGAGAAAUUUGCCCAGAAGGUCCACCUCCUUCAUCACAACAAGACUCACUCUCAUGCCCGGCCCUAUAAAUGUGCGGACUGCGACAAAUGCUUUGGGGACAGUUCUGCUUUCCUAGCUCAUCAGCGCGGUCAUGCCAUGGAGAAGAACCACAAGUGCCAGUAUUGCUCCAAAAGCUUUGCCUGGAGCUCCCACUUGGAAAGGCAUCAGCGUAUCCACACGGGGGAGAAGCCCUACAAAUGCCCCAAUUGCCCUGAGCACUUUAGCCAGACUUCCCAACUCUUCAAGCAUCAGCGCAGCCACCUGGGCAAGAGGCCCUACAAGUGCAGUGAGUGUGGGCGCAGCUUCAGCACCACCUUGGAAGUCAUCAUCCAUCAGCGGACCCACUUUGGGACCAAGCCCUUCCGGUGUUCCAGCUGUGGGAAGGGGUUCACCCGCCGAGCCAACCUGCUCAAGCACCAAAGGUGCCACCUUAAGGAGUCCCCUAAGGAUCAUUUAAUUGAAAUGAAAUGUGAAGGCAGGGGUUCUCCAGUACUGAACAGUCGAGAAUCCCUGCAAGAGAAGGGCAUGGCGAUGUUCUGAGGUUGUGGAGACUCUGGUACUUGUUCAGCUCUUUCAACAGGAUCCGAUGCUACGAACAUGGUGUGAGAGAGGAGGAGAUGUCUAGGACAAUGGGAAGCUCACAGAAAAGUCUGGGUGGAGAGGUAGGGCUGUUACCAGCACAUGAAAGAAGAUUUGUCAAGAAGACAAUAAUAACCACGUCCAUUGGUGAUGAGGAUCCUAAUUUAGAGUCCACGUGGAUGACUUUAUUUCACAUUUAGUUGACACUGUACAUAUGAACGUGCCCCAGGGUUGGGGGAAAAGCUUUAUUUACUGUUCAUCUUUAUGUUGUAGAUUGGUAGCCUUGCCUUGGAUAGACCAAUUCUCUCCCCUCACAAUCCUUUUUUUUAUUAUUUUGAAACUCUGGAUAAUGAAGCUUUAACAAAUGCUGAAGACUGACCUCCAGACCUUAAUAUGCCUGACUGAGACUUUAGUAAAUGCUGUGGAAAUCUGCACGGGGGCCUGAAAAACUGAGCAUUUUUAAGCCUCUUGAAUGUGGAGCAAAAGCUUUAUUGACUUACCUUAAAGAACUUAAACAUCCAAGGCCUUGUGCUGGCCAAUAUUAGUGAAUAUCAUAAUUAGAUGGUACUGUAGUACCUGAGUAUCUAGAUAUCUUAAUAUCAAACUAUUGCAUCCUUGAUACACUGGGGGAGGGGGGGGGCUACAUGGAGAAAAAUCCUCCCUAUUUUUUCUUGGUUCUUGAAACCCUAGCUGUUUAGUUUCUGCUUAAUUAGUUUGGAGAGAUGUUACCUGCACUGAGAAAUAUCUGGAUUUCUUUUCCAGCAUUAACUAGAGAAUGGAAACACUUGACUCUCCUGUGGCUAUUGGGAGUGUUGGUUUAAUGAGUCCCAGUCCACCAGGUACACUCGGUUUUGGUGCUUUAACCUUGGGAGGUCUUGAUAAAUUGGUCACAGUGGUUCUUGAUGCAGGGAAGUGGGGUCUGCUGUACCAAGAGAAUGAAGAGGAAAAUGGGUGCAGUUGGGUUGGGAAGGCCAAAAGGAGUAAUGUAUGGAGGAUAGAUAAUAGAUAGGUUCCAGAAGAAUCCAGAUAUGGGAAUGGGGAACACAUUUGUGGACAGUCUACGGAUGACGGAGGAAGUCAGAGGGGCCAGCCUUUUGUUUUACCAAGAAAAUUAGAAGCCGUUUCAGGCGUUGAUCCUGGGUCGGCUGCGUAACUUUUUUUGUUUCAGAAUUAUGAGUGACAUUUAUGAAGAGCCUAUUGAGGAGAGGUUGACAAAAGCAACUUGUGCUGUAAAAAGGAAAGGGACAAGGAUACUCAACGAGAUUUUUGGAUUGGUGCGAGUGUAAGGGGGAAAAGAAGCAGAACAUGAACUUAAUCUCGAGAAGAGCAGGUUAGGAAUGUGAUGAAAAAGCACAAAAACUCAAUGGGAGGGAGGGAGGAGCCUCCUGGCUCUGCAACGUUAAGCUCUGGGAUUUAUCACUGGAACACGAUGUUCCUAGACUUGCGGAGGAGAGAUGGAAAAAAGCGUUGGAGAAACCUGAAGAAGCUUGGGGUUUGAGAGAGCUUGCUUGAGAGGAUAGGUGAGUCAUAACGUUUGCUGACUGAGGCCAUGGAAAGUGAAACUCUUCAUCAGGGAGAAUUGUAGGCCUGGGGUAUAGAUGGGAUGGUCCUUAAGCAAAGCCACUCUUUUGAGCCCUGAUGGCCAGUGAAGUCUGUAAGGCUAUGAUGAAAAUGGAGGUUUGUCUUCCCAGUUGCUGAGGUUGUGAAUUGUUGCUUUAUCCAGCUGCUGUACUUUCCCCAAAUCCUACCUCAGAUUCAGGUUCCAGAUGACCAGCUGGAAGAAUCCAUCUUGCCCUUCACUCUCCGUGGCAUGCUUACCGAAGAGAUGCCCACAGAGGACUGGAAGCUUGGUGUUGGGAAGAGUUUGGAAUUACUGUAAAUGUGCUGUGAUUCUGCACGUCCACAACACUCUUUGAAACACCAAAUCAGAGGAUUAAUAUAGAUGGACAAUGUAUUAGUAAACGGUCUCUGUAACCCUGCUCUUUUCUCAUCCUAUCUGCCUAUGCUUCCCGACCAAUAUCAUUUGCUUUACUGUCAUGUUUCCUUCAGAAGUUCAUUUGCUUUAUUGCUUUUGGGGUAACUGUUUGACACCAUAUGCCUCUCUUGAUUUUGCUCUUAUUCUCUUCGCCCCCCCCCCCAUUUGUUUUUGUCUAAAGCAAGUCUUUUUUUUUCUGUUUUAGGACCCCUUUCCUGAACUGACUAAUAGAGAUGAAAAUGUUUCUAAUCUCUGAUUUUUUUUUGUUGAUGAUUAGGAGUAAUCAAGUAAAACAACUGUAGCAUA